CGGAAGUUGUUGUUGGGAUAAGAGUUUAACGCUCACAUUACAGAUGCUGAUGUGCUCUUAAAAACAAGUAAACGAAAUUGACAGCAAAGCCCAAAAUAGGAAAGAAGUAACCAUUAUGCAUUCACACGCCAACUCAGCAGUCUGAAGUUGUUGUCUCUAAACAAAGACUCGUUUAGUCUUAGCGGCAUCGGCUAAUAAACGGAUGAAUGGAAAGCUGAUAGAAAUAGAAAUCACUAAAUGCUCUCAUAAUGCCUUCUUACGAAGAAUGGAGAAAGACCAAUCACUUUUAUUAUGUCGUUAAAUUUUCACUAAAUGUCUAUUCAAUGCUGUUUUCGUUGCUAGGUCUGUGUGUGCUAUGUGUCGGAGUGUAUGCAGAAGUGGAGAGGCAGAAGAAUCGAACCCUGGAGGGGGUUUUUCUGGCUCCUGCCGUGGUCCUCAUACUGCUGGGACUUGUCAUGUUCACUGUGUCUGUGAUGGGAAUGGUGGCCUCCCUCAGGGACAACAAGACCCUGCUGCACAUGUUCCUGUGCGUGCUCUGUGUUCUCCUGGCUCUCCAGGCUCUGGGUCUCAUCAUCGCCCUCAUCUUUGAAAAGACGACAAUCAAGUUGUUCCAGAACAGCAUACGAGAGGGUAUCAAGCAUUACUACGAUGACCUGGACUUUAAAAACAUAUUGGACUAUGUGCAAGAGAAGUUUUCUUGUUGUGGCGGAGAUGAGUACAAGGACUGGGAAGUGAACCAGUACCACUUCUGCAAUGGCACGAGUGCUUUGGCCUGCGGCGUUCCUUACACCUGCUGCGUCCGUCACAAGGUCGGGGAGGUUGUGAACACACUCUGCGGCUACAAAACUCUCAACCAGCAGCGUCAAACUUUGGAUGGCAUAAUCCACGUCCGUGGCUGUAUCCAUGCUGUCAAUUUGUGGAUGGGUGACAACAUCGGAGCUACAAUUGGAAUUUGCUGCGCCGUGGGGCUACCACAGCUUCUGGGAAUUGUUUUGAGCUGUGUCUUCUGGAACCUUCUGGUGGAAAUGAGCGAGUCUGUAGACAUGGUGGACUUUAACAUCCUGAAACGUGCCGGCUUUAACUACAGAAAUCUAGACCUCACAGGGGCUGGUUGGUGUAUGUGUCUACCUCGGGAUGGUGGUUAUCUACCUUUACCUGUAGCAGAACCUGACACCUGGGCUCCGGACCCAUUCCCUUUCAACUUGGAACAAGACCAUUCUAAAAUUCUUCUCGCACAUUCUCGGCUGGCAAACCAAGGAGCGGAUUUGCGUAUGGGAAUGGAUGAAGUAGACAAUCACGCUUAAGAACCACUGAUUUCAAGCUCAUAUCUAAACAUAUGUUUUUUAUUAAAUUUGUUAAUUAGACUUUUCCUGUUCACACUGUGUGUUAAGAAAGAAAUAGUUAGUUGCACUACUUGUUAGAUCGAUAACACUAUCAUGAAUCUAUUCCCUAACCCUAACACUAUUUUUUAGGAUGAUGUAGCAUGAAAAGGUUUGUAUAAAAAUAAGUCCUUGAAAUUAGGCAACCUUGACAAAAGUACACAAGCUUGUUUCGUGUAUUAUAUUGUUUACAUACUAACUUUUAUACAUCAUUUUAACGCAUCUAAUUGUCUACUGUCUUUUAUAAUGGAAAGGGAAUAUAGAAAGAAUUAAAUGAAUAUUUGGGAAUCAGUUAUGUUUAUUUUAAUAAUUUAUGGCUUUAAUGGGUAAUUCAUGCCUUUUUAAUUCAGGGAUAUUUACUGUUGUAAUAUUAGUUGCGAUUAGUGUUGUGAUCAGCAGAUGAAGCUGUGCUUUCAUCACGUUUCUUAAACGUUUACUUGCACCUUUUUAUUUCUGUUUCCUACACUACUGUCAUAAACCCCCAUACAGGGUAUGAGAAUAUUAUAAAUAUUAUGAAUAUUAUUUUUCUUUUAAAAAUGUGUGCAAGUUUUUUCAGUUAGUGGAAUGCAAGAAUUAUUUUGUAACGGUACAAAGACCUUCGGUCCAAACAUGCUUAUCCUCUGCAGAGUCAGGAGGGCUGAACUAAAUUAUUAUUUAUUUAAAUGUUGCCUUAAGUACAACGGAAGCUUUUUCCUCAGUACCUCAGGCUGUUCUGGAAUAGCCACGUUGAUUUGCAGGUAAUUUGUAGUUUUUUUGUACAAUUUUCUAUCGGGCCUUGUGAUUGACACUUUAAGCUGAAUUUAUCUGUGAGUGUAAUGCUCAUAUAUAAUGUUUAGUAACAAUCUAUUCUAAUGUGUUGAUGUUUGAUGGAAAAUGUUAGUCAUGUUUAGGUUGGUGGUGUCAUACUCGCCAUCAAUUUGUAAAAGUUGUCUUGUAUUUCUGAGUCUUUUUGAAAUACCUCAUGUUUAAAUUGAUGACGUUCCUCGAGAGAAUUUUGUAGAAACUUUAAUUGUGACUGUCAAUAAAAUUUUGCUUGA